UUUUUCAUAAUUAAUUGUUUCGUUUCAUUAAGUUAGGUACGGUACUUAUGUGCAAUUGUGUCAUUCUGAAUUUUAUAUUUUUUUACAAUUAUUCAAUUAAUCGUGUUUAUAAAUAAAUUCAAAAUGUUCUCAACUAUUCAACUAUCACUGUUACCCUUAAUCUACGUGAUCUUCUUAAAAAAAUUGUCGAUGCUCUGAUUUGGCGAUCAUUUUGUUGGUACAACUUAAUUUAAAAAAAUCAUAAAUAAUUUUAAUUAAGGGGCAUUGUAAAUCGAAUUGAAUGACAAUUUUUGACUUUUUUUCAAGAAUCAAUUGAAUCGGCUUUUUUCUAUUCAAUUUAACUAUAUCAAAUUACAUAUUUCCUUAUGCCGGCCACUGACAUGCGCGCAAAUAUUCGUACAUUGUACGAAUGUUUGCGCGCAUGUGAAGGGCCGUCAAACAUUAAUUCGCAAACCUAGCGGCUGUGCAAAUGGGUUCGGUACUCAAUUUGCGAACCCGUUUGCGCUUCCUCCCACACUUGUUUACGAAUGUCUCACGAAUUUCUCCUUUUUAAUUCGUCAAUAGAACAUUGAAGAGAAAAAGAGUUUUGAAUUCUUUCCCAGACAUCAUUAACAGCCAUGCUGUUUUUAUGGGAUUUCUUUUGAUGAAGAUACGCUACACAGUAGACGUCACGAACUAUGAAAAUGGCGUAUAGUAUACGUCCGUUACCUUCGCAAUCGUCGGUGCAACUGGGCAAGCGAAUGUGUGGGAGACUACGCGAAGGCUCGAGGUUCGCGCGCUUUGAUGUCUGUUAAAAACCGACAUAACUUGGAAAACCACGAAUGUAGCGAAAACUUUGCAUAAUCAUUUGCAAAUGUCGUCCUACACUUGCGGGUUUGCGUAUUCGUGCGCAUGUGAGUGACCGGUGUUACAUAACCCUCUAACUUACUUAUCUUAAAGUAUCAACUAGUCUAAUUAAAAAAAAACCCGUGAAAGCACUAUCUAAUCUAAAAAAAGAAGACUAAUAGCUAAAUCCAACAGGUGAUAUAAUAUGUGAGUUUAAUAAAGAUUUGACUGAUUCUGUGGUGCAGUAUUUGGCGCCUCCGAAUGUUGCGCCAAGGAUCGUGUGUUCGAUUCCCAUAUUUGGUAAACAUUCGUAUUAUGAACAAGUUUGCUUGCUCUUUGUCUGAGUUGUUGUUAUUGUCUAUAUAUGUUUAAACUAUAGCAGUCUUAGGUUCCUAUAGUAAGUACAUGGAAUCCUAAUUUCGAACUGGAUGACUGUGAGUGACUUGUUCCCGGUUAUUAUUUAUUUAUUAUUACUUGAAUCGGUGAUGAAGCAGUUACGUGGAGAAAUUCAUUGAAGUGAAUCACUGAAGAAAUCCAGUUCACGUUUUUUAACGCCAGAUUUUAAUUUAUUGCGGCCUUAAAAUUUAAAAAAUGAAAUGGCGCGUAAUAGUCUUUCGUUUCAUAUUAAAUAAAUAAAUCAAGUCCAUUUCAUUACAUGACGUUAUGGCAUUUAAUUGCAGAAGUUGAUUUAUCUGAAUUAGUAAUCAAUUAGUGUGAAAAUGAAUGAAAUUAAAUGUAGUGAAAUGAGACGAAAAGAAAUAAUAUGUGACUUUUUGGCGAGAAUGGUUUCGUUUGUUUAUGGAGAGUCGGUAAGGAGCUUGUUGUCUGUGUUUUAAACAGGAAUUUUUUUCGGCGAAAAACUAUCUGUUAGGGUGGCGCCACCUUAUUCAGCUUUAUUUUCACAUACUUGUGCACUUUCACAAAUCGUUAAUAAGCCAUCAUUAAUACAAAUAUAAACUUAAAUAAUAAACACUGAAUUAAAUACAUUAAAAUAAUAGACACGACUUCACUCUUCGCGUUCCCGCCAAAGUCAGUGAUUGGUUUAUUUUGAUAAUCUAUGAUUCACAGGGACUUGAAAGACUUGAAUAUUAUUCAGGGACUUUUUGGCGGGAACGCGAGGAGUGAAGUUGUGUGAUUUUUUUUUUCUAUUUAGUGUUUCUUUAGGUUUAAAUGUGUAAAAACGGUGGUUUAUUGGCUGUUUAGUAUCUGUGAAAGUGCACAAUUUAUGUGGGAAAAUGAAACAAAGUCCCUAUCUCGGUAAAUGACCACAAUUUUACUGAGAUUUAUACUUAUACUUUCCGUUUUCAUUUCAUUUCAUUUCUAUCAUUUUUCCUAAAAAAAUGUUUUAAUUAACAUUAAAAUAAGACCUGACCUAAAGGUCUUAGUUACCAGGUCAUAAAGUUCCUUAAAAAAAAGAAUAUUAUUCAUAGAGUGCUUGGUCUCUUCGAUACUUCGAUAUCAACUAUUAUUUAUCGACUGGUAACACACAGCGUCUCCCGAUUAUUUCAUGAAGUGAAGCACGAAUAUUGGCUUCCCCAAAAGUAAAAUCCGAUUAGCGUGGGUCUGUCUCGCUAUCGUACUUUUUUCGUACAAUACCCAUAAAGAAAAUGAGAAAACGUAAAUCUUUAAAGUUAAACGAAGAAGAUUCGGAUGGGUCAGGGCAGGGCGCUGAACCAGAAGAAUUUCAGGACUCUGGUGAAGAUUGGACGCCGGACGCCGAUUCGAACGAACCUGCAUCUCGUACUGGCAGAAAACGUGUAUCAAAGGCACCGGUGAACAACACCAAAAAGAAACGUAAAAACUCAUCAUCUGAAGAAAGCGAGGGUGAAGGAGAAGAGGAUGAAGAAGCCGAGGAUGAAGAAGGGGAACUUGAUGAAGAAGAAGGAUCUGAUGAUGAGAAAAACGGAUCCGAUGGAAACAAAUCUGAUUCAAGUCAAUCGAAAGAUGUACCAAAGCAUUUCCAUUCAGGAAAUUUUGUCUUGCUGAAAUCAGAUGUAAAAUGGGAUGGAGAUACUGUAAUAUCAAAACUUGAUGAACUGAACUUGUGGAAAAUUGAUGGCAAAGCAUUAUUACAGAAAUUUAUCCCAAUGGAAUCAAAUGGAAGAGUUUUACACAAAUGUACAUGUGUGUAUUCUGGGUGGAAUGUUGACAACCGUGACAAUUAUUACCCCAUAACCGAAAUACUGGAUCGCAAUCCACGCACAGACUCCAAGGAAAUAUGUGUAGCAUUAGACUUAAAUGAUCUUAUCAAAGUUAGAGACAAGUAAACUCAGGGUGUUUGAUUUUUUACAUAACACAAUUAGAUAAGUGAAAGUACCAAGUAAAAGUUUAUUUUCUCAGGUCAUCCCAGAUUAAUUUGUGUAACACAAAUGUUUAUAAGAUGGGGAAUAAAUGUCUACAACUACA